AUGAAGUUAACAGAUAUCCUUUCCAUCAGAAAAAUUGUCCCGUUUAUGCCGUGUGACAGGUGGUUCCGAAGAGACAAUUUAAUGAAAUUCGCUUUCUUUUUCAAAGGUCGAACGGCCCGAUGUCAUAAACUAGGCACUAGCCGUGUUAUCAGGGCUUUCCAGUACAUGAAAGAUGUAAGAGAAGUUCGGAGGAAAGAAAUGAAAUCGUUGUGGAUGGAGCGUCUGGAAAUAGCUAGUGAACAGUGUGGUCUACCCAGUGCAAGAGCAUUAUGUGAAGGCUUAGCCCAGUCAAAUAUCGCUCUUAACAAAAACAUGCUACAAAUUCUGUCUAUUUACGAGCCUCGUACGUUCUCAGCUUUGGUCGAUUUGUCUAAACAAUAUCAUCUUGAAAAGGGAGUAUCUGUCCCCAACAUGUCUUCGCCUCAAAGAGUUAUUACCCACGGGUUGCUAACUUUGCCUGUUGUCCCGGGAAAUAGAAAUUUGUAUGAAUGA